UUUAUUGUGAUAUUUGGAUAUCCAUAUUGAUGAUUGAUGGAUCGCGAGUGAAUGAUACAUGUUUAAUAAUUAACGUCAGUAUUUUUUAACGUCGAAAGUAAAAUGAAGAAAAUUGUUUAUGGUUUUGAAGAAAAAAAAUUCAAAGAAAGCGUUGGAGCUACCAUUGUAAAAAUUCACAGAAUCUUUGAAAAUACUAAUAUUUUUCUAUAAAUAUAAAUAAAUAAUAAAUAUCGCAAUCCUGAAUCGCGUUCAAUAAAGUUGAGCGUGUAGCAGUCACCUAUGAACUGUCAUGCAAAAUAAGGUUUUAUAAUUAUAUAUGGUCAUCAACAACUAGAUGAGGAAAAGGAACAACGUUUUUAUGAAUAUGUACAAACUUUAAUUACCUAAUUUUCAUUUAUAAUAACUAUGAAAUUUUAAUUUUUUGAAUUUUUGUAAAGAAAAUAUGUUCUGCCUACUCUAUAUUAAGCUUUAAAUUGUUGAAAUUUUGAAGAAGUGGCAACAUUGCACACCUAUUUGGUUUUAUUUAUUGAGUUUGGUAGAUUUGACCGAAAUAUUUAUUGAGCUUGGUACACUUGGUCGUAAUAUUUAUUAUGUCUUCUUCAAACAACGAUAAUGGGAAUCUGAUGGACGAGUUCGAGGAAGCUUUCCAAGCAUGUCUUUUAUCACUGACUAAGCCAGAACCCAACACAGGCACUAACAAGGAUGAAAUCGAGUUAGAAGUUCAAAAAACUACAAAUCGGUUUAUUGAUGUUGCACGGCAGAUGGAAGCAUUUUUUCUGCAAAAACGUUUUCUUGUUUCAACAUUAAAGCCAGAUAUGUUAAUAAAAGACGAAAAUCAAGAUUUGCGUAAUGAAAUUGCACGCAAAGAACAGCUUCUAAAUAAACACUACAGUCGCUUAGAGGAAUGGAAAGCUUGUUUGUCUGACAUACAAGCAAACCAAGGAGCACACAACAGGCCUAUAGGAGGUGCGGUUGCUACCAUUGGAGAUUCAUCUAGUGCAGGUACAACCGGGAUGACUGGAAUUGCAGGUCCUGGAAGUUUGAAUAUUUCACAAGUUUCAAAUAGAUCUGGUUCUAUAGGAAUGCUUGGUAACGUGCCAGCAUACGGUGUGCCUAGACGUUUUUAACGUCUAUCUAAUUAGCGGUAAAAUAAUAUUAAAAUUUUAAUUAUUCCCCAGUAUAUUUAAUUAAACUUUCUUCAGAAAGAAACAAAGAGUUUUAGUCUAAAAAUUUAACUGAAAAAAUAAAAUUAUAACGGUUUAAAAA